AUGAAGGUUGGAAACCACACCACUGUGACAGUGUUUACCAUUUUGGGGUUAACCAAAGAUCCUAUACUUUGUGUCUUCUUCUUUGUGCUAUUUCUAGUAAUCUAUGUUGUCACCUUAACAGGCAAUGUCUGCAUAAUCAUUUUAAAAAGAAACUAUUCACAGCUUCACACCCCCAUGUACCUGUUCCUCAGUCAUUUGGCUUUUGUGGACAUUGGACUUUCCACAUCAGUCAUGCCUAUAAUGCUUAUAGUAUUCCUUAGACAUGGAAUGGCCCUUCUUGUCUCUGGCUGUGAAGCCCAGUUCUGCGCUGUAGUCAUGUUUGGGACAGCUGAGUGCUUCCUACUGGCAGCUAUGGCCUAUGAUCGCUAUGUGGCCAUCUGCUUACCCUUAUUGUAUUCUACCCACAUGUCCCCAAGAGUCUGCAUUCUCUUACUGGGGACUUCCUAUCUGGGUGGAUGUGUGAAUGCUUGGACAUUUGCUAGUUGUUUAUUGAGCCUGUCUUUCUGUGGACCAAACCAAAUAGAUCAUUUUUUCUGUGAUUUUUCUCCUUUGUUGAAACUUUCCUGCUCAGAUAGCUCCAUUAUUGAAAUUAUCCCUUCCAUUUCCUCUGGCUCCAUCAUUGUGGUCACAGUGUGUGUUAUAGCCAUCUCCUACAUCUACAUCCUCAUCACCAUCCUGAAGAUGCACUCCACUGAGGGGCGCCGCAAGGCCUUCUCCACCUGCACCUCCCACUUCACUGCAGUCACUCUCUACUAUGGAACUAUCACCUUCAUUUAUGUGAUGCCCAAGUCUAGCUACUCAACGCACCAGAACAAGAUGGCGUCUGUGUUCUACACAGUGGUGAUUCCCAUGUUGAAUCCCUUCAUCUACAGUUUUAGGAACAGAGAUGUAAAGGGGGCCCUAAGAAGGGCAACUGUCAGAAUAUAUUCUUAG